ACAGAGAGAGAGAGAGUCCUACACCAGAAUGGCUUCUUCCAAGCUCAGAAGCUCUUCUUCCUUCCCAUACCUUCUCCUCUCCUCUCUCAAUUUCAUUCUCUUCCUCCUCUCCUCAGCCUCUUUUGCUCCCACCAUCCUCAUAAAAAACCCACCAGCUCCACUUGGGUGGGCCAUCAUCACAACCUCCUCCCUCUCUCUCCUCUCUUCUCUUGCAGGCUUCUACUCUCUCCUCACCCACAUAUGCUUCGUUGCUCACAUCUCCACCGUCCUCGCCGCACUGGCGGGGCAGGGGCUCGGAUUCCUCGUUCUCUUCUCGAGGGAGGAAUCGACCCUUCGAUUACUAAAGCCCGACAAGAGUCCUAAGGAGGCUAGGAUUCUUGCCAAGACGGCGUGCGGAAUUCUGCUGUCGAUGUUCUUGCUGCAACUGAUGGUGCUGGUGGCGACUUGCGUGGUGCAGAGCUGUUGGGUGAGGGAGUAUGAGGGGCUGGAGGCGGAGAGAGAGGAGACGGCGAGGCGGCGUGGGAGGAGGAUGGCACGUGUGCAGGAGGAGUCGAUGGCGAAUGCGGCGAAGAUAGCUGAGGUUCGGGAGAAGGAGAUGGAUGAGAAGAUGAAGAGUAGGUAUGGGCAGUGGGUGAAGACGGAUUUCGAAGGAUGAAAAUCGGGUGGGGUUGUUUGGACGGUCACGAUGGGAUGGCCAUUAGAGGUUGUGUUUGAGGGCAAGAUUGGAUUUGUGAGUUUUUAUCUAAUAGCAGUAUGUAUGAUAGAAUACCAUAUAUAUGUUACUAGCAAAACUUCCAUUUGUGUUGUUUGGUA